UCCCUCCACUCAGCCCGGCCGCAGUCCAGUGCGUAAAGAGCGCAGCGCGGAGAGCCUCUCCAAGUGUGCGUCCUCCGCCGCCGGGAUUACUGUUUCCUCUCCGUCCGGACAGAGCUGCUCUCUCAAUGAAGCUUGGUUCUUCUCCGUGAUUUCUUCGCCAUGAGCUGCCUGGAUGUGAUGUACCAAGUGUUUGGUCCUCAGCCUUAUUUCAGCUCCUACAGCCCCUAUCACCACCAGAAGCUGGCCUUGUAUUCCAAAAUGCAAGACCCCCAGGAGAGCGGCAGCCGGCUCGGCCCCCCGGGGCCCCCGACCAUCAAAGAGGAGGACAAGGAGCUGCCGCCGGGUGCCGAGUACCUGAGCUCCCGCUGCGUCCUCUUCACCUACUUCCAGGGCGACAUCAGCACGGUGGUGGACGAACAUUUCAGCCGAGCCCUGAGCCAGACGACAGCGUACCCCUCCUCGAGCAGCCACAAGGCCGUAAGAGAUGGAUCAUUUCCUAUGAGCCAGAGAAGUUUCCCUCCAUCCUUCUGGAACAGCUCCUACCAGCCGUCGGUCUCCUCCACACUGGGCAGUGCUCUGUCUGCUCCCCACACAGAGCUCUCCUUCUCAGGGGACCCAUACUCCUCCACCUCCUUGCACAGCCACCUCCACCAGCCCAGCCCCGACGCCUGGCACCCGUCCCAUCACCACCACCAUCACCACCACCACCACCCUUACUCAUUAGGGGGCGCUAUAAGCACCCAGAGCUCAGCCUACCCCCGUCCUGGAGUUCACGAGAUGUACGGCACGGCGUUCGACCCGAGAUACGGCUCGCUGCUGGUCCCAUCAGUGAGGUCGCACCAUCGGCUGACCUCUGGCAGCUCGGUACCGGGGCCCAGCGCCUCGCCCUGUGACCUCGGGGGAAAGGGAGAGUCGGGGACGGGGUCAGCCUGGAGCGGCGCCUUCACUGGGGCUGGAGCAGAGAUCGGACUCAACAUGGACACAGGUCUGCAGGCACAGGACAAGAGCAAGGAUUUGUAUUGGUUUUAGAGACCGCUGAGACUCUCUCCACCUCCCCUCCUUCUCUUCUCCUUCAGCUGUAGCCUCUUUCCUCCUCUACUCUGUUGCUCUGCUGCUGUUAUGGGAUGACUGACAGAGAAACUGACUGACAAAAACCGGUGAGACGGCAGUUCUUUGUUUAGUUUUUUUUUCUUCCUUUUUUUGCUGUAAUGGCUUCUGGUCUACUUGCAGCUCUGUGUUACGGCGGACUGUGCAGCAGCAGCGCAGCCCUGCUGAGCUGAAUGCCGUCAAUGUGGAUACAAAGCAAACGUGGAAACAAAAGUGGACUCGCAGAGAAGAAAGAGAGAGAAUCUGAUCCUGAUGGAUCUGGACAAAGACGAGACCCUUUGUGCUUCUGUAACAGGCAGGGACAACAUUCCUAAACCAGAAAAAUUCUGGGGACAGACGGACAGAGACACGUGUUGCCGGACUCGAAAGACAAGCGCCUGAAGGACUUGGCAGGACUUGCCUCACUGGGGCAACUGGUCUUAGACACUGGGAGAUUGUUAUGGCUGGAGGAAAGGCGCUGUUGCUGUUCAGGAGGCCGCACAGCAAGAACUUGGCAAACGGUGAAGGCAGGAGGAGUCGGAUCACUUUGUUUUACAAGGAGUAAUGUUCCAGCCGGACAACACGAUACAAUACAAAUGAAAUGAUCAGCUUCGGAUGGAUUUGAACUCAUAUCAAUACAUAUUCAAGCCAUGAUUCCAAACCUUUUCUGUGCCCUUGUUCUACACUGCAAACUAGUUCUACAGAGGAAUGGUUUCACAUGGGACACGUCACAACUUUAAGCAUGUUCAUACUAAAUCCUCUUUCUGAGUGUUUUUGUGAGUAAAAUUGAUGUAUACCACCAUGGUCCUACAGGGCACUGCACAAAGUUAAUAAAUACAUUUUGGAUGGUGACCAUGCAGCACUAGAAUGAAAGCAGACACAUCUUCUAAAAAGCAUUUAAUUUUCUCUCUGUCAUGUUUGACUGAUGCAUCAUUUUCUGGUAUGAAACAGAAAAAACACAUUCAUUUGCUAUCUUGAAUUAUAAAUAAUGUACAGCGCACACCGUAUACCACUAUGUAGGACAGGAUAGGAACAUGUUUUUUUUUUGUCACAUUUGGGUGCUACAUUUACAGAGGGGAACUCAGUAGGCAUGGAUUUGGUGAUUUAAAAAUCUAAAAGUCCUGACUGCAUUUCAUAAAAGAAUUCAAGCUAUUAAGAGCAGCAUUCGAUGUUGAAAUUGGAAUGUUUGGUUUCCGAUGAACUGAUCCAUACUAAUUAUACAACACAAUUUGUUGUUCUUAUAUGACAGACAUUUUUGAAAUGUUUGCUGUAAGCGAUUCUAAUCUAGUGCAGUUUUUGUGGAAUUUAACAAGUAACUCUCCACUAUCCGCGAGCUGUCUGGCGUGUGUGUGUGCUGAAGAAAACCAAAGUGGCUUAGACUGAUCUAUCAAACGCUAGUCCAGCGUCCUGUGAAAGUAGGGGGAGAGGACAUAGUGGGAGAGAGAGGGAUGGAAAUCUGACACAUGAUAACUAUCUAUAGUAGCUAAGGAUAAUGAUUAAUGAUUCAUCAGUUAAAUUGCUGUUCAUAUUUUAACUGAUGGAAAGUAUAUUAAUCCAUUACGCGGAAGUCAAAGGACAUACAUGUCAGAAAAUGCACGUGCAUUAGCUGUUUUACCUGCUUGUGCCACCAGACUGAGUGUCUUACUGUAUAAUAAGAUCAAAGUCUAGAUCAUUUCAAUCACUAUGUGCAGUUACGUGUUUACCAGCAGGGAGUAUUGUCAGGGAUUUGGUAGCAACAGGCACCAUGACAAAGACUUCUGUGGUGGUUAAUGGCUUCCAUCAAGAGCCAAGGCAUUUGAGAAGUGUCUCAAACACCAUAUGAAGCAAUGUGAGCCGUAUUUAUGAUUUUAGGGGUUAACUGAUCAUCUGAUAAUGCUGCCGACUAUCAGUGAAGAAAAUUGUUUCGAAUUUGCUUGUCUAAUGAUAUGUCUAACUAGUUCUACAUUAACAAACUCCAACAUUAUCCUGUUUAUUAAAAAAUUAGACAAAUCAAUGCUGAUUGUGACUGUCAUCGUCAUCACUGAUUGAAAUGCUUUUCAAACAAUGGUAAUAGGUGACUUAGUCCUUUUCAUUUCUCACCCAAAUGUAACCAAGUUUGAGCAUCAAUGAUGCACAUAUCUUUGACAUUGAAAUCACCAAAUCAGUGCUUACUGCCAGAUACUGACAACUGUUUCAUCUUGGUCCAAUCUGUAGCUAAUUAUACUAAACACAACUAACCUAUGUCACAGACAAUGUCCCAGAAAAUUCAGAUAGUCACAAGUUAGCUAAGAUGUUUGCAUUUGGCUGGAAAACAACUGUAGGAGGUUUCAAGGGUUUUCUGUGAAUGUGUAGAAUAUUUCCUGUAAAACUGUCUUACGGGCCAGUAACCGGAACCUCUAAUCUACUGCAGAUUCACUAAAGGCUGAUUAUUCCUACAACAGCAGCAGCACGACCACGGCUCUACACUUCACAGCAAAGUGGACUGAACUUUGCUCAGGACAUUGUAUGAACCAUUAUUUUAUGAUGAAAGCAGAGAUUUCAAAAAACAUCCCCAUGGCUGUGUCAACAUAAGAAAUGUAAACUUCACACCAGGGGCUGCUCAGAGAGAGAGAGAGAGAGAGAGAGAGAGAGAGAGAGAGAGAGAGAGAGAGAGGAGGGGUCUCUGUGAUGAAUGAGGAGAACGACGGCUAUUUGAAGCCACUUGACUCUUUCUCUCUCUGCUCUCAUGCAGCUGUCAACGACAACUGCUCUUCAGCUCUCUGAACACACACAUGCACACACCGUUCCACUGUGCAGUGCUCGAGCCAGGCCUGUGAACUUAAUAAAGGGAGCAUUUAGUGUGAGCUGAGUCCUGCCCUACUGGGACAAAUGGUGUGAUGUAAGUGGAGGGAGCAGAGGACACACACAACUGUCAAAAAGUAAUUUGUGAGUGUGGAUGUAUGUGCAGGCAUGUGUCUAUUUCUAUAGUUACAAGGAUCACAUUUUUCAAUCAGUGCAAAAAAAAGAGAAACAAUCAUUUUAUUGUUGUCGCACUUUCACUAAAUGUAAGAUUGGGAUUGGGUUUAGAUUAAAGAUUGGAGUUUGAAGAUAAUGCCAGCAUUAUUUUCUUCUCUUAUUUUCAUCAACAAAUUCUUUGAAAAGGCCAAAAUCGAUGAAUGUUCUAGCUGUGAAAUAUUGUCUGUGUGGCAACAGCCAGAUAUAGGUUCUGUCUUCUUUUGUAGUUCAAAAUCACAUGAAAGUCAUCAUGAAAGAGACAAAUUCUUUAAUUGUAAUGAAGAUGGUCUGAAAACAUUUGUGUAUCACAAAUCGACCACGCCUAGAUCCAAGCUAAGUGCUAGGUCACAUCAGAAACAUGGGACAGAAACAAAUUUUUUUUUGGCACAACAACCUCAACAACUUCAAAAAGAGGUGAAAGACGGUAAAAAAUGUGCAUAACGGAGUAAACCAAAAUUGAGUUCAGCACAAAAGCACCAAUUUUUUACUCAAAAUCACAUGUAUGAAACUGAAAUAUUUGAUUUCAGGCUGAAAUUUUGCUGUUAAAAUGCCAGUGUGACUGUGUCCUUGCACUAGGUUAUGAUAGUUUAAUGAGCUGACAGAAAUAGCUUCAUUAAUGCCCACAGUUACUGAUUAAUUCUGGAGUUCUACAGAUGCAAUUUUCAGUCAUAUUAAUUCAGAUUCAGUCCAGAAAGUUUCACCUGGCACUAAUGGCCAUUACUUCACGUCUUCUUGAUGUUUAAUACCACCAGUCACCCUCCUCCUUAUGCGCCCCUGGCAGUUAAUUUAGAAUUAAAUUGAUUCAAUACUCGUGUUUGUUUUGUAAGGAGGACAUAGUUGAAAAAAGAACAGUAUUCUUCAGAUCUAACUGUAAAUCUACUUUCUAAUGUGUAUCUGUGUCUUCAUGAACUAUUUAACCAUAAAGCAAAGUAAUGGCUCUUAUAUGACACUGUGGCUGCACACAAUAUUUAGUUAGUUGAUUAAAUUCACUCAUUGGUUUUGGGCCUUUUGGAGAGCAUGCAAAAAUUGUUGUAAAAAUAUAAAUAACUAUUCUCCAGGACUCUUUUCUCUACUCACCAAAUGUUUGCGGCUUUAUUGCCCUUAUCACAGUGAAGGCAAGCCAUCUUAGACAUUGGGUGAUUUUGGUAACAAUAACCAAAAAAUCUUUGCAAAUACAGCGAUCUGUUAUUGUGUGUGUAUGUGUUUGAAUCGACUCUCUACAGGACCAGCGCCGCAGUUCUUUACGUGAAACCGUGAUGGCAUCUACUGUGUCCUAUCUUUUCCUUUCUUCCAUCUACAUACUGUAAAUCAACAGCCACAGCAUGCAGCAGUGUUCUAUGUGAAUAUAUUGAUAUAUUGCCCAAAGUAUUGUUUCUGUUGGUCUCGCACCAGUGUAAAGUCUUUGUAUGUGUUUGCUGUUUGCCUGUAACUAUGAACUGACAGCACUAUUGGGCUCAAACAUGUCUUGACUCUCUCCUCAGUGGCUGCUGCUGUGUCAUUUCCUAAAAGCAAUGUCUGAAAAUCUAUGAAAUACCCAAAAGGUUUCAGUAUAGGUUCACUACUGAGUAAAUAAAGCACUGUUUGAUGUUAGAAACUA